GUUACUUUCUUCCAGCUCUAGCUAUAAAAGCCGUUGUACGUAGUCCAAAUCAAGAAAGAAACAAAAGAAAGAAAGAAAGAAAGAAAUGAAUGCCCUCUAUAAUCUAGCUCUAUGUCCAACUUCAUGCUCUCAUAGCACUCCAAAACAUAACACAAAGUGGAAAACUGAAGUGAAUGGGACUGCAACAGUGGCUCUCAAGGGAAAGGCAUUGUCCAGAGCAAGUUCUGUAACUGGCAAGCAAAGAAGAAUUGUCUCAGCUGCAUCUGUUACAGAAUUGACUCGUGUCAGUGAAACAAAAGGUCGACAAAAUAUCCCAACCGAGAAACAGUUGGUUGAUCCAUUUCGUCAAGGGAUCAUCACUGAAGGGGGUGUUCGGUACAGACAGACUGUUGUUAUAAGGUCAUAUGAAGUCGGUGCAGAUAAAACUGCAACAUUGGAAAGCAUUCUCAACCUUCUUCAGGUUAACUACUUGACAGAAACAUUUUGUGUCUUUGUGAAGAUUACUGAGAGCAUUCUAAAACAUUUCACUUUGAAAUUCUCGUGA